AUGCAUAGUUUGAUUUUCUCGUUUUCACUAUUGGCUCUUUUUUCUAACGGUCUAUUGGCAGCGGUAGUAUGUCCUGGAGAAGAAAAGCUGGAUCCCAGUGGAAGAUACUGCUACGUGGUGCACAAAGGCGCCCUGUCAUUCCACGAUGCUGAAAAAGCUUGCUACGACUACGGUGGCUAUCACCUGGCAACCGUCCCCACCAUGAUUGAUAACCGCUUUUUGUACAACCUCUCCAGCCACUCGAACGUCUUCGCCAACUAUUUCUGGCUCGGGCUCACUGAUAUGACAGCAGACGGCACGUGGCAAUGGAUUGAUGGAAGUGAUCUGAAUUUUGUGAAUUGGGCGCCAGACUCUACCCAAGGUUACUGUGGAGCCAUGAGGGAGUCAGACGGGCGGUGGCAAGCACAAGAUUGUGCGAAGGCUUACCCAUUCUUCUGCUAUGGAGUGGCACAGGGUGCACCAACGGUGCCAACGAUCCCACCAAAAACAACGACACGCCCCGCCAGAAAAGAGGAGAACAUGAUCAAAUUUAUGGCGGACUCCGAGUCAAUUGGUGACCCGAAUACCGAUCCGAAUGCACUCAAUUUCUAUAACAUGGAACGAGAAUUUAUCCGAGCUGUGACAGAUUCUCUGUUUGCUAACCCAUCGUCUAAUGGAAACGUGUGCACGUUCUAUAUGAGUGUCUCGUUUUAUGGAUACACGAAAUACGACCAACAAUUCGAUCAUAGCGCCGCUUGGAGUCAACGACAAUUUGAUAAUUUGUUAGCAGGGAAUGUGUGGGAUGAUGGACACACUGAUUUGGCUUAUAAUAUUACGGACGCCAUCACCGGAGCCCAACGAUUCCAAUGGUCGCCAUCAAUGGAUGACAUUGGGUACACGACUCUUGUCUUCCUAACAGCACGGAAAGAUUUCACAAAUGUUCCAUCUCUAUUCAACCCAUUCCCAAAGUUUGAUGAAGUUGUCGUGGUUUCCUUGAAUGGCGCUCAAAUGCCCGGAAUCCCAGACGGUGUUCAAAAUGUGCCUGUCUCUAACAAGUUCACCAAUGUAGACAUCAAUAAUUUGGUUAGUGCGUUGAAAUGUCAUUAA